AUGAAUCGUUCAUUUUAGAUUGUACCUUCGGAUACUUUUCUGAAUAUUCUGAAUCAAAACAAUAUGUCUGUUGUAGAUAUUGACGAUGAAUACAGAGUCGAACAAGAUUGGAUGUUUGAGAAUGAGAACAAUUAUGCAGAUUAAUAAAAUGAGCCAGAAUAACCAAUUGUGUAUGAACGCUCUAAAGCUCUUGUUGGAAGUCAACUGUUGCAAAAGUUCAAGAAAACUAAGGAGGAGGAUCUAUUGAAACAAAACAAAGAAGUCUUUUAGGCUAAUCAAUCCAAAAGUCUCUAUCUAAAUAAAAUAUAGCAAUUAAUUGAUAACCCUGCUGUUGUAAGCAAGCCAAAGCAAACUCGUCAGAAAGUAAUUGUUGAAAGCGACUCAUCAGAUGGAAAGAGUCGAUUGGCUAAAAAUAGAGAGUCGGCAAGGAAUUCUAGAAAAAGAAAGAAAGUGUAUGUGGAAUUGUUAGAAAAUAAAGUCAAGGAGUUGACAGAGCAAAUCCAACAAUUGGAGUGUAAUUUGGAAUAAUACAAAAUAAAAAAUCUAUAAGUCGAAAACUUCAGGGAAGAAUAUCAUAAAUAAUUAUCUUAAUUGAAUGGAUUGUAGAGUAUUCAGACCUUGCAAGAAUAAUAUGGGGCCACAUCAUAACGACGUUGGAGUGUGUGCACUGAACUAAUUAAUCUAUUGAUUGACUCCACCAUUCCUAUUGAAAUUAAGAAGCUAAUGGAAUCUGCUAAAAAUGGAACUGACAUGUUUAUUAAACCGCUAUUGAACCAUAAUUCAUGUUUGCAAUACAGAGAGUAUUUUUAAUAAGGAAUUAUUGAUUUAGAGAUAGCAACAAAGAAUUUUGGAUUGUCAUAUGAUAAGAUAAGAGAAUAAGUAUUCUACUUGGAGAGGUUAAAAUUAGAAGUCAUAUAAACAAUCGGGGCUAAUUAAUUCAUCGAGUACUUAAAUUAAUAGCUUUAUUGA